AUGUCGGAUCCAGUGGUCCUACAAUCUGCGGUCCGUGUGCCCACCCCUCCCCCGGGCGCCGACUCCCCAACCGCAGCCUCUCGAAAGCGCUCACCUCCUUCUCGGUCGCCCUCCCCCAAUCGUCGUCGGUCGCCACCGGGUGACUCUCAGAGCAGGGAAAAUGUCGAUGUGCCUCGGAUGGAUGAUGAUCGCGCAAUUGAAAGAGAGCGACAGCUUGCCGAGCGAGUGCGCGAACAUGAAAAGCAGGAGGCUGCUCGCAAGCCCAUGACCGAGGAGGAAAAGCAAGCAUCGGCCAAGGCGGAGUACGAGAAGCUGUUGAAUAUGCGAUCCGGUGGCACAUAUAUCCCCCCCAGCACGACUUCGUGCGCUGCAGGCCCAGAUCACCGACAAGACCAGCAAGGAGUACCAGCGCAUGGCCUGGGAGGCGCUGAAAAAGUCGAUCAACGGUCUGAUCAACAAAGUCAAUGUCUCCAAUAUCAAAUAUAUCGUCCCCGAACUCUUUGGUGA